GGAAGAGUCCAUCGGUGCGAAUAUAAUAAAGGGUACCUGGAAGGAAUGUGAUGACUACGAGGAGGCAAUAGCAGGAAAAGUUAUUCCAUGCCUGUGCUCGAAAAAACGUAGCUUUGUUUAUCACAUGGGACUCUGGGAUGGAAAUGUAAGGAGCAUUUGGUUCGCGAUCAAACAUGUCCUAGAACACGACUCCAUCAAAUCUUAUUGGAUUAUAAAAACUUCGUCAGCGAAUUCUUUCACACCGCAUCAAACUUCUCGUGGUGCCUCCUCCUCGACAUACCAAAUUCCACCCGCUUUCUCUUCCACACGUCCGGCCGAAAGGAUGCAGUGGGUCUUGUUCCAGGUUGGAAUAUUUGCAGAUGAAAUCCUAAAAAAUGACAUAUCUGCUGUGACCACUGCAUUCCAUAGUCCCAAACAAUUUAUAUUUAUAAACAUAUCCGUAAAAUCCGAUUUUGCAAAGCUAAUCGCCGAA